UGCAAACAAACAAAGCCAAGUCAUGUGGGACUGGUUGUGCUUCUGCUUCUCUUUCAACUCAAACAACAAAUAUUACCAAGACAACCCCUCUUCCCAGAAUUUGCUCCCACUUCAACAUGAUCAGAAUCACCCAAUUCAAUCCCUAUCUCCUUUUUCCCUUUCCACUAUGAUUUUCACGUCUUGGCUAAGUCGUCGCCGCUUCCGUCGCUACUUGUGUCUCUUUCUUUGCUCUCCUUUUCUUCUUCCUCUUUUUUGUGCCACGUGUCCUGUCAUCUGUGCUGCUGAAAUUUGCUACAGGAUAUGCCGUCGUCGUCGAUCGUCCUGGAAAUCAGGGGAGGGGAGUAGUGUAGAUGGAAGUGAUCCAGGGACAUUCUUGUUGCAGAGGUAUCUGGAUGAUCAACUGCUUCUUGUCAUUGAAUCUGUGUAUAGUUGUGGAGAUGAAGAUGGAAUUGAUGUGUAAGUUAUAUAUAAUAGAAACCCUCUUUUGCAAUAACAUAAGAGAUCCAGACAUCUUUUUUUUUAUCACAUAGUGGCUAGAGGGAGGAAAACUGAAGAAGGGAACUACAAGAUGGGAAUGGAAUCUUCACCAACGAGCUAAAAGUUCAGGUACCUAACGAACUGAUCUACUGCAAUCCUCCUUAUGGAGAUCUUUGUUUCCACUCUUAUCUUAGUUUUUCCUUUUGGUUUUGUAUAGAAAGUCAACAUUGACAAUUGUAAUUCUUACUAUUAUCAAAAGAACCGAAAAUAGAGUAGUUUUGGGGUUUGUAAAUUGUAAUCUUCGGUAUUCUCAAUUCUGUUCGAAGGAAACGGAUCACUUUCCUAUGAUAUCUGUCUCUGUUAAAUAUAUAUCAAAUAGAAGUUUUAAUUAUG